GCGUGCAUUCGAUCAACAUUGUUAAUUUUAGCCAGUCCAAAUCGCGAUGUCAAAGAUACCGUACCCGUUCCAGGCGGCCAAACGUUUUCCACCAGCCUCCCCGCGUCUCCCUGUGUCGAUUUCAUGAGUGAAAAUCAUAAUAUUAACUUUCUGUGUCUACACACUGUAGUUAGUGCGGUCGAUUCGAAAGUGAACCGUAGCUUUUAUAGUGCCUUAUAAACAAUCGUGUUAGUUGCUUCUGUUCAGUUUACUGUUUGUUUCUGCUCUCCUGGUAUUUUCUGUUGGACUGGUGCGAUAAUUUUUUCCACAAUUAAGGUGUUGAUCGACGCAUGGAGGCAGAGCGGCACCAUGUCGGGGAUGACGGGCGCCAGCAUGCUGCGCACGCGCAGGAAAGAUGUCAACGUCAAACCCAACCGCAAGUUGGACCGCAAGUCCUCGCGGGGCAUGCUCUACGAGAACGAGGAGCUGCGUCUGCGCACCAUCAACAUCAACGCCGAAGUUGAAAGAGGGCAGUCCGACAUAAAAAAGCUCAAGCGGGAGAACGAACAGCUCAAACGGGAAAUUUCAGCGCUUCGCUACGAGUAUGACAAACUGGACCGAAUGCUGCGCGAGCGCCGCUCCUCACCCGAACACUCGGACUCUCAAGGAGAUCCUUACGAUUCUGAAUACCAUAAUUCUAACCCUGAUGCUUACGGCGUUGAAGAUUUGCAUAUUCAGCCGCCUGAACCGUAUGCCGACGAAGACCACAGUGACAGCGUGUCAGUGUGCAGCGCGUGCCCCGAGUGCGCGAGCGCCGACGGGUCUGUCCGCGCUGUUGCCUUUCAUGAUCUGAGCGUCGUGCCUGAGGAAGGAGAGCAAGAGAAUAAGAGUGGUGCUGCUACGCCGUGUACGUGUGACGAGUGCCAAAAAGAUGCUAAAGCGACCGAGGAGAACGAUCAGACAAGUAGUAAGGACGCAAUAACAAUCAAAGAAGCUAUACGACCGACGAACAAUGCUCACGCUCAGCCAAAUAUGACGGACAAUGGCUCUGAUCGAACUGUCGACGUUCUUGUACAUGACGCUCCGAAUGUGCCAAGAUUUUUUCAAUCCGUGACGUCCCAACCUUUCCAGGUCAUACCACCUUCGCCAGGCUUCGUCAUCGCUCCCUACCAACCUCCACGCUUCCAUACAGGGGGAAACGUAGAAGAUUUGCUGGGAGACGUCCAACCGAGCACGGUCCAGACCACUUACAUUCAACAAAACUCCAUAUUCAUGUGCAACACCAAAAACGUUGUCCAAAAAAAGUGCUGCUGUCAAAACUCAACGAGUCGCGACUCGAAUUCUAAGACUGAAAACAAAGAGCAAACGCCAAAAUGUUACGUCACAGAAAAGAAUAUAGAACUAACAUACGACUAUCCAAGAACGACACCCAUUCCAAGUAGCCCUAGUCAAAAAUCGGGAGAGGAGGUCCAAUCGACGACCACCGAAGUAGCCAGCACGGUUGUGUUCGUAGAAAAGAAGAUGCCUACCAAACCAAAGAAAUUCGAUUUCUUCUUUCGCUCCAGAUCAGCCCCAGUCGGUGACAAUGAGGAACCUAUUUACGCAACAGUGAAUAAACUACCAAAGAAAUUAAGAAGAAUGGAACUGGCUACUUUAGAAAAGGAGGUGGCGUACAGAAAUGGCGAGCAUGAUUCCUCAUCUCGUACGGAGAUAACCUUGAAAACAGAUUCUGAAUCUCAAGUCCCGCCACCAGAUGAUGAUACGAGUCGAUCAGAACGGGAUAAAUCUACGAUACCCCAACGCCCAGAAUCUCCUAAAGCUAAGAAACGGAAGCGGUUUUCGCUGACGUUUAAAAAACGGGAGAGAAAAAGAAAGGACAAGAAAGCGGAAGCGAAGAAUGGAGUGAAGAAUGGGAUACCCGUUCAAGUGGAGAGCGAUAAUGAAAGGCUGAUUGAGGAGCAGGACCAGAAGCACAAACACUGCACAAGGCACCGACCUGCGCCGCGGAGCAACAUGUCAUCUUCGAGUUAUGGCCCGCGAUACAAGCGGGAUAGCUAUCAGGAAAUGACAACGUCUCAUUCUGAGCACGAACGGACCAACAGUGUGUGUUCUUCUGUGAACUCUCUCGGCUCAGCCUGUACACACAAAUCCAGAAAACUGUCUGUAGCACCACAAGACGGCUCGAUACCUUGGUGUGGAUGCUGGGGAGCUGGCUGCGUGUGAAGAUACCCUCGAAUAACUAAAUGAUAUUCUUUUAUACCAAAAGUCCAGAAAUCUGCUGGCAUUAUUGCAAGACGGGUCUAUACCCUUGUGUUGGGGCUGUGUGAAGAGUCCCCCAAAGACACAAAUUAACUAUUCUCUUUAUACCUACCAAAAAUCCAGAAAUCUGUUGGCUUUAUUGCAAGACGGGUUUAUACCCUGGUGUUGAGGCUGUGUGAAGAUUCCCCCAAAGAUCCAAAACUAUUCUUUUUAUACCAAAAGUCCAGUAAUCUUCUGGCAUUAUUGCAAGAUGGGUCUAUACUCUGGUAUGGAAGCUGUGUGAAGAGUCUCCCAAAGAUCCAAAUGAACUAUUCUUUUUAUACCAAAAGUCCAGAAAUCUUCUGGCAUUAUUGCAAGAUGGGUCUAUACCUACCCUGGUUUGGAGGCUGUGAGAAGAGUCCCCCAAAGAUCCAAAUGAACUAUUCUUUUUAUACCAAAAGUACAGGAUUCUGUUGACAUUGACCAAGCCCUGGCGUGGAUACCUACUCUAGCACCGAUGGUGGUGUAAGAAAUAACUGAAAACUUGGUAACUAAGUAGGUAAUCUUUUUUAUCACAAGUUGAGAAUUCUUUUAACAGCGCGCAAGAUAUUGUCUUUGUCUUGUAUGGAUACUCUGGCACCGAUGGUGGUGUGUGAAGAUACCUCCGAAGAACUAAAUGAAACUUUACCAACCCCCCAAGUCCAGGAAUCUGUCGAAAGCACCACGAGAUAACUCCAUAAUCCGAUGCUGAUGCUAGGGAGCUGCCUAUGUGUAGGUACCUAUAUUCCGUCAAAGAACUAAAUUGACUCUUAUACCAAAAGUCAAGUUGAAAGAAGUUGUGAUAACAAAGGAACUGCAGUGUUGCUGAACGUUAAUCAAAGUCAAAGUCAAAGAUUGAAGAUUGAAACUUUUGUAUAACACUCAAUACAGAUAUAGCAAUUCUGAUCUAUAGGUAUCCUGGCCUAAAAGUUGGGGACGCAGAAUUUGUGUGAACUAUUAUAAGAACUAUUAUAUUAUUAUGAACUAUUUUUGUACUACAGUGAAGUUUGUGAAGUGUAGUGCGUUUGCGUGCAUGUUGAACAUGCACUAAUUAGGAAUUAGGUAGGUAAGUAGGACUCGUUAUGAAAAUUCGUAAGAAAUUUAGAAAAUUGUUACAAAUUAUUAGUAUGAUUAGG